CAAGAAACAACAUGGCGGCCCCCAUGGUAGCAACUGUGGGAUAUUUCCAAGCCGUUUGUGGCAAACAGCUGAAAACAAACAAAAGCAAGGAUCCCAUUCUAGAUGCUGGAAAUGGCAAAAAGAUUUCUGGACUGUCCAACAUUGCAAAGCACUUGCUGAGAGUGUCAGAUGACUUCAAAAAUUUGAGCUUGGAGGAGCGUAUAGCAGCUGAGCAGUGGAUAGAAUAUGCCAGGACGGAAGUGUCUACCGAUAAGGAGGCUGUGAGAAUGGUUCUUAAGGAGCUGAAUGCUUAUCUCCAGGACAAAGUUUUUUUUGUGGCUGACAGACUGACAGUGGCUGACGUCUUCAUGUUCCACAGUCUACACGCUGUGUUUGCCCGGUUGACUUUCCAGGAAAAAGAAAAACACAUCAAUGUAUCAAGAUGGUUCAGCAAUAUUCAAAGAGAGCAGGCUGUGAGACAGAACCUGAGCGGUGUGACAUUCCUGCGAACCCCGGUGUACGAUGGUGUCGCCGCUCAUUAAUAAUGAUCUUGUGUCUUGUGUCUGGGGGAUUGUGUGCAUAAAACAUUAAACAGUGUCACUGCUCAUUAAUGAUCUUGUGUCUGGGUGAUUGUGUGCAUAAAACAUUAAACAGUGUCACUGCUCAUUAAUGAUCUUGUGUCUGGGUGAUUGUGUGCAUAAAACAUUAAACAGUGUCAUUGCUCAUUAAUGAUCUUGUGUCUAGGUGAUUGUGUGCAUAAAACAUUAAACAGUGUCAUUGCUCAUUAAUGAUAUUGUGUCUGGGUGAUUGUGUGCAUAAAACAUUAAACAGUGUCACUGGCAGUGCCAUGUGUCGAAACAAUA